AUGCGUACUUAUACGAUUGCGUACUUAAGCGGGAGGCUACUGUAUAAAUUCUUGAGUUUUGAUACAAAUAAAGACGCGUCGCACGAUGUGUGUCUUGAGCUGAAUGAAGACACGCGCGACGCAUUGCUGGUAGAGACUGCACGUGGUGCAAUUUUUCGCCACAUAGUAAGUUUGUCGAGUGCUGGAAAAUGA